GGCCAUCCGAGAUCUUAUCGACGUUUUCUGAACCAAAAUCUCGGGCGAGAGAACCCUAAAACCCAUUAGAGAUCUUAGAAGAAGAAGAGGGAGGAAAUUUUGAAGGCAUGGGGAGACGAAAACCCAAAACUCUUAGGAUAUCAGGGUCAGCUAAGUGGAGGAGCACAAGAGGUUCUGGGGAUAAUAAGAAGAAGUCGAAUAAUUCAUCAGAUGAAAGGAGACACCCAAAGUCGGAAAAGGCUGAUUUUUCCUCAAAUAAGUCAAUUUCUCAUGUAGGCAAUAACACCAAUUCUGACUCUAGAGGAACUAAGCGAAGGCUUGAUGAAAGAAAGCCGAUUGAUUCAAGCCACUCAGCAAAGAACACCUCCAUCAGAAAAAGAACCAGGAGGAGGAAAAAGCAUAACUCCUUGGACUUAUCCAAUCACGAAGGAUCUCACAGGGACACGCAUUUAUCUAAAGUUGCAAAUGAUGCCCAUGAAAUACGCUCUGAAUCAAAUGAUGUGAAACGUGUUGAACCACGAAAAAGGAGGAGGCGCAAGAAGAGAAGAACAGGAAGUGGUGCUCCUGCUUGUGAUGCACUUUUGGAGGAACCAUUGAGAAAUAGCAGGUUGAAAUCGAUAGUUGUGAAGGAAACUGUACCUGUGGAAGGGGAGACAUUGUCUCCACUCCGAGAGUUAAAAGUCCGUGUUAGUAAAAAACUGCUCGUCCUUGAUCUGAAUGGGCUGCUCUGUGAUGUUGUUUAUGGUUACCCUAACACUCAAAAACCACACGAAAGAGUUGGCAAGUCUGCAGUUUUCAAGAGGCCCUUCUGUGAUGAUUUUAUGGAGUUUUGCUGUGAGAGGUUUAACAUAGGUGUGUGGUCCUCAAGAUUGAAGAUAAACGUUGACGGCGUGGUCAAUUUUAUCAUGAGGGAUAUUAAGGAUCAUUUAUUAUUUUGCUGGGAUGCAUCCCAAUGCACUUAUACUGGUUUCAAGACCCUUGAUGAUAGAAACAAACCACUAGUUCUGAAGCAACUGAAGAAGCUUUGGAACAAGGAGGGAGACAAUCUUCCUUGGGAAAAAGGAGAUUACUCACCUGUGAACACAUUGCUAAUUGAUGACUCCCCAUAUAAAGCUCUAUGCAAUCCUCCUUUCACUGGCAUCUUCCCUUGCCCCUACAGUUACAAUGAUGAAAAUGACUGUUCUUUAGGGUCAGGAGGAGAUCUUCGAGUUUAUUUGGAAGGAUUAGCUUUUGCUGAUGAUGUUCAGUGCUACGUGCAACAACAUCCCUUUGGCCGACAUGCUAUAACAAGUGAAAAUUCAUCCUGGAAGUACUAUGAGCAAGUUGUUAACAAGAUCAAUAACUCUUCAGCCUGAGGUUGAUGGCAUUUGAUGUUCUGAGGCCAUUAGCCAACGGCUGAUAUUUUUAUAUAUAAUUGAGAAUUUGGCAGUAUGGGUGUGCUAAUUUAUUCAUCAGUCUCUUCAGGUAGUGAAUUGUGAAGUUGCUUACGGUGGGUGGUUGUAGGGGUCUGUUUGUGGGUCGUAGGGGGUUGGUUGGUGGGGGUGAAGGGUGUUGGACGCUUGUCGAUGAAUUUUUUGUACUGGCUGAGGAAACACCACCCUGUCAUUGUGUUGGCGUGAUAACUGACAUUGUAAUGAACCCUCACAUUUACUUCAUAAAUGUUUCAGAAAUUGAUGAUUCCUAUCUUCUUGCUUCCA